UCCUACACCGGAGCGUUUUCGCUGUGACACCCGGCCGCCCCCGAGCCCCGGCGCUCCUUAGCAACCGCUCGCGCCUGGUCAGCGAGGCCGAGCCCAUUGGCGUCCGAGCCGCCCUAGGGCUGUGGGGACCGCGAAGCGUUCGGCGCGGGCGGCAGGAUGAAGCAGCCUUUAGUGGAUGACACUGAGGAUGUCUCGCUUGAUUUUGGGAACGAAGAGGAACUUGCCUUAAGGAAAGCGAGAAUCAGGCAUCCGUUGGCCACCUUUUUUCACUUGUUUUUCCGAGUGAGUGCUAUUGUUACCUACUUGCUCUGUGACUGGUUCAGCAAAAGCUUUGUUGCCUGUUUUGUCACUAUUCUUCUCCUUCUGUCCUUCGACUUUUGGUCUGUUAAGAAUGUAACUGGAAGACUCUUAGUUGGCCUACGUUGGUGGAACCAGAUUGAUGAAGAUGGAAAAAGCCACUGGAUUUUUGAAGCAAAAAAGGUAUCUACAAGCAUAGCUGCCUCAACUGAAGCUGAAGCUCGAAUCUUUUGGCUUGGACUGAUUAUAUGUCCAGUUAUUUGGACAGUGUUCUUUUUUAGCACUUUGUUUUCCUUAAAGUUGAAAUGGCUGGCUCUCGUGAUAGCUGGAAUCUCUCUUCAAACUGCUAAUUUAUAUGGAUACAUCCACUGUAAAUUAGGAGGGAAAAAAAGCAUCACCAAAGUAACUUCAAGGUUUUUGUCACAACAGAUGUUUCAGAGGGAGAGACAAGAAGAAAUUCAGGGUAUGGAUGUCCUGAAGGAUAUGGAAAUACACAACCACUAAGUGACAAUACACUGUGGUCACAAAAGAGACCACCUUAAAUUUAAAUGACUGCACUCUAAAUAUGGAACUCUAGUCAAAGAAAAAGAUGUCCAAAUGAUCUUAUCCAAUGAAACAGCAUGGAAAUGCACACACAAUUAAGAAGGAUUGAGAAUAUGAAUAUUUAAAAAGACUGAGGUAAAUAGUGCAAUUAAAAAUGUAAUGCAUAAGAGUUUCUGAAUAAAGUCUGUGUGUGCACAUCUAUGGAGAUUAAUUUCACUAAUCCCAUAUGCAAGAUUUCAGAUACCACAAAAUACUGCAUUUAAAUUACCUCUCUGAUAAGUAAGGUGACUUAUAA